GGUUCUCUAAAUAUAAAAAGAAAUGUUUGAGCUUUCAUAUUCAAAACAGUGGUCAUCAUGUUAAUGUCUCUCAAACCUUCACAACAAGCAGGAAGUCAAAAGACAAUUUCCCCAAACAUUCAACAAAAUGUGAAAAAAAAAAGUUAUUUUUUUGUAGGCCUAAUCUUUACAGAUUCAUUAGCCAGCAUUGCUUGCUACAAGAAAGCUUGACACAUUAAUGUACUACAAUUUAAAAAUAUUUUGAAAAAUAUAAACACUUUUUUUUUUUUUAAAGAAAACUAUUUUGUAUUUUGUUCUCCUCAUAUGUGCAUUAUAUUGACUUGUACCUUUGUUAACCAAGAGAACACAUGACAUGACAAAUCAGCUGUUCUACCUAGACGACGUUUUUGUCGUUUUUGAAGUGUUUGAGAUAAAUCCUGGCAGGAAAACCCUACAGGAUCACCACAGAACUUCGAUUCUGUCCCAGUCGCAGGUCAUAAACGCUUUGUGAUCGGCCUCGACGCGUAAAGGUGAUUUCCACUACUACUUUUGUGUCCUUUUCGCUUCAAGAUUUUUUUUUUUUAAUAGACUUUAUAAAUAUUUAAGAUUUUACUGUAGCGAUAAUGCAAUAACUGCAGUUAUCACCGGAAGUUCUAAAGCAAGGUCACGUCCGUGAGCAGCAGAGGGCGCUAAAGCCGUUUCUAAUGGUUUAUGAGACUUCAUGGUGACCAGUUGCGUCAAGCUAUUUUCUUACAUGUAAUAUUUUAGUCGCGUUAUGUAGGCGUAAUUAUAGAUUCAGUUACUUACCCACUCAAGUCUUCAAAUAAGCUAUUACUAAUCUAUUAAGGUACUUGUUGUUGUUUUUUCUUUACUGUUUCUAUAUUACAUAUUGUGUACAUAUGAGCCUUAUUUUAGGCUUAUUUUUAAUGUCGGUCUGUUAAGAUACUGCUGGCAUUUUUAAUGUCAGUUUCUAGCUUAAUGGUUUGACUACCAAACAACUAUUUAACAUUUUCACUGUUAUUAGCCAAGACAAAAUGCGACAUGUUUAAAAAUAAAAAUAAAAUAAAAACACACACACACACAGUAACACGCUAAUAACGGCGAGUUAUAGCUUAUUAAUAACCAAACAAUUACGAAAAAAUGGCAAACGGUUGAUUUAUUAUUCAUCAUCAAAUACGGUGAUUAUUACAUCGUUUAAUAUUUAAGAUACGUGACAACUUUCCCUGCUGUGAAAUAUUUAUGAAAAACACAGCUCAAAUUAUCUGAAAUAUACAUUCAUUAGAUGACUGGAUAUACUGUGGUGUGGACCCUGUUUCAUGUAUGUCUGCACUUUUAUUGUGUUCACAUGUUAUUACGAUACUGGAACUUUAGUUUACAGGAAUCUUAACUAAAACUUUAAUUAUUCUAAUAUAAAAGAGGGCUUUGAAAUGACAACAAAACAACUGCUAUAGAGAAAACACAUUUGUCUUGUUUGACUUAAAAAUCUUAGUUCGUGAGGUGUAACCUCUUCAACAACUCCCCCUGUAAUGAUUAUUCGGUACCACUGCAGUACUUUGCAAGAGUGCUAUUACAGUUGGCAAAAUUUGUUUUCUUUGAUAAAUAGUACGAAAUUUAGCAAUUUAGUUUUGAUAUUAAGACCAGGCCCUCUGGCAACAGGACUGGCAGUCACUGUUUUCCCUUUAUCUUUUUGUUCUCCUCCUCCUUGAGCUCAUCUCACUUCCUCUGCCUUUAGCCAAGCAGCAACUGCUCUGUGAAGAAAACGUUAUUUAUAAACACAUACUGCCUCCUUUUUUGGCUGCAGUAGCAUGAGUUUGAAAAGAUGCUGUUGGUACAGCAAAGUUCAGCUGCAGGUCAAUGGAGAUACCUCAGGUUUACCAUACAAACCCCAUUCACAAGCCUCUAGUUAAAGGUACAAACGAGGAGAUGGAAGAAUCCAGCAUUCCCGUUGGCAUAUUGAAGGUCUCAAUGCCUCUGCAGGAAAUGUGGGAACGGUUAAAGAUCAAUGUAGCACUUUAAGAGAGUCAACCUCAGGCCACACUUUGAGUCCAUCUCUUUGGGGUCAGCAUUUUGAAGGAUAAGGGUGACGAGGUCAGCCUUCAAGUCCCAUCAAAAAGAGUUUCUUCUCUCCUUGGGUCUGUUCUCCUCCUCGGAAAGUGGCAGGAACACACAGACAAUGAUUUGUCACCAGAAACGGCCCUGAUAAUUUCCAAUUUCAUGGGAGCCGGAGAAGAGGCCAGGAUGGUCAGCCACAGCUGGAAGUGUGUGUGUCCACUGUGGGCCGGGCCAUUGUUAGAGCCCCAGCCGCAGGCCACUGUGUGUGUGGGACGGCUUUACUCAGAGCGCCCCGACAGCCAAAUGUCACCAUUAACCAUGCGCUGCAAAAUCGGAGGCAUUCAUGAGCGACGCUCCUCAUAAGCCAUAAAAGGGGUCAUCGGUGAGGGUGGCUCAAGUUCAGCAAGUCAGAUUCAAUGGUGUCAUGCUUGUUCUGCUCUUUGAUGUGACGUGUGUGUGGAAAUGUGGCUUCUUUCUCACACUUGUUAGCGCUGUCAAUCAUCCGACGGAUCGUCUAGUUAAACAGUUGUCUGUUCUCUGUGCUGGCACUGUGAAAUCGUUGAUAUUGUUGACAGAUCAUCAGAUAAUUUGAUCAGUAGUUGAUUUGUGAUUGCAAUCUGGUCGGAUGUCAGAAUGUUCUUUCUGUUCUCUCAUAGAUGUUUUUAUCUCCUCUCUCCAAGAUACAAAACGGCUCCCAUUCUGGAUGCUGAUUGGCCAAUACAGAGUUAAAUCUACAAAUCAUCGCGGUGUAAUACAUCGAGACCAACUAUUUACCUUAGUACUAGAUGCUCUGGUUCUGAAGGCUGGAUUUAAGCAGCAGACUCUGGCCCUGUCCGACAUCAUCACAUCAGACAUCCUGCACAGUUUCCUGUACGGCCGCUGGAGGAACGUCCUGGGCGAACACCUGUUCGAGGAGAAGACCAGCACUGUCAGCCCCAAAACUGCCUUCACCGCCGAGGUCCUGGCGCAGUCGUUCUCCGGAGAGGUCCAGAAACUCUCCAGUUUAGUGCUGCCAAGUGAAGUCAUCAUUGCGCAGAGCUCAAUCCCUGGAGAAGGACUUGGCAUCUUCUCCAAGACCUGGAUAAAAGCUGGCACCGAAAUGGGUCCCUUCACAGGCAGGGUCAUUUCACCCGAGCAUGUGGAUCUCUUCAAGAACAACAAUCUCAUGUGGGAGGUUUUCAAUGAAGAUGGCACGGUGCGCUAUUUCAUCGAUGCCAGCCAAGAGGAUCAUCGCAGCUGGAUGACUUACAUCAAAUGCGCGCGCAACGAGCAAGAACAGAACCUGGAGGUCGUGCAAAUCGGAAGCAGUAUAUUUUACAAAGCAGUAGAGACAAUACCUCCAGAUCAAGAACUGCUUGUGUGGUAUGGAAAUUCCCACAACACUUUCCUGGGUAUCCCAGGAGUCCCUGGCAUAGAGGAUGAACAGCAGAAGAAUAAAAAAAGUGAUGAUUUCCACCUGUGUGACACCUCCACCACUGCCUCGCUUUCCGCUGCCAGCCGCAUGCGCUGUGUCAUCUGCCACCGCGGCUUCAACUCCCGCAGUAACCUGCGCUCCCACAUGCGCAUACACACUCUGGACAAGCCCUUCGUCUGCCGUUUCUGCAACCGCCGUUUCAGCCAGUCCUCCACCCUCCGUAACCACGUGCGCCUCCACACGGGCGAGCGCCCCUACAAGUGCCACGUCUGCCAGAGCGCGUACUCCCAGUUGGCAGGGCUGCGGGCGCACCAGAAGAGCGCCAGGCACCGGCCGGCCAACACAGGGUCUGUAGUGGGGCUGCAGGCCCACUCGCCCCCUCCUCCACCUCCUCAACUGGCACAGGUUCCUCACCCGGCCUCGCUGGUGCAUCACAUACCCACCAUGGUGCUAUGAGAGGGCAUGAAACGUCUUAGAUGUUUGCAAUCUCACAGGCUGUUCUUCAGUGCUGCUGGCUCAUGUGUUGAAGUCCGUCUAUGCCAAGCCGGCCCUGAGUACUCUCACCUUUAGCGGAAGCUUCGCAGUUCCUUAAAGGUGAAGAAGUGGUCAGAUAUGAUGAACGACGCCUGCAGAACUCAGUUAUGACAGCACUGAAGUGAAAAGGAUGGCCAUGGAAGGGCUGUUUCGUAUGUUCAUGUUGAAUUAAUUGCCAGAACUACUGUUCACGCACUGAUGGCUCUUUGUUCUGGCAGAUAUCUGCCACAUUAUAUCUGAUCAAACACGAUCAUUUAAGUUAAACAGUAAUCAGUGUAUAUUUUAUUCAUAUUUGCAUGCAAAAGUAUCGUUUUGUCCCAUUCCACUAAGGAUAAAGCCACAUCACCUCAUUCACUUUAGCCACUAUGAAGGAUCCACUGGGAUCAAGCACCACUUAGUGACUGAUUUGUGUCACUGCAGCCCAAUCAGAGUAGUGGGUCUCUAAGCAUGUUUAUUGUGAAUGAACAAUAUGAAGUAUGUAAAGGAAUGUACAUAUGGUUUGAAGAUUUACUUCCAAA